UACCGAUUGAUAACGAUUUUCCGAUAAUUCUGGUGGUGCAUUUUGCUGUGCAGAAGUUGUUCCGCUGACGUCGGUCGCUCGACUGUUGUUUAAGGACGUGUUUAUGCGAAAAAAACGUUCAGGAGAUUGUUUCAACAAAAUAUAAAGCGCACACGACGAACAUUUAGCAGUUUUAUUGUUCUCCGUUAUGGGCCCACGAAGUCUCUGCACUCCACUCAUCUUUUCAGGUCGUAAGUGCUCCUGUGCAAUUAAAAUUACUUCCCCUAUUCUUGGAAUGUGAAUCGAUAUCGGGCGGCAUAAAUUUGGACAUAGCUCAGGCGCCUUUCAUGUUGUCCUUGAGGCAAAAUGAGGAGCACGUUUGCGGCGCCGCCGUCAUUAGUCCAGACUGGGGUAUAACGGCUGCGCACUGCUUGGCCCCAUUAACAGCCCUCGUGACGGUGCGAAGUGGCUCAGUUCAGAGGGACAGUGGAGGGGUGAUUCACAAUGUUACAGAACGUUUUUUGCAUCCGAUGUACAAAAACAAUAGCCAGGAUUAUGAUAUCGCGGUUUUUCGAGUGAUUCCAGGGUUUGAAAUAAGCGAUACGACGGCGGCUAUUGAAUUGCCGAUGGAGACGAGUGCGGAAUUAAAGACUCGGUGGGCCAGUGUUGCUGGAUGGGGGGCUGUACCGACGCAAGAGGAUGAUAAUGACGUGACUUCAAAGAAUUUAAAAUACGCAUUGGUACCAAGGAUACCGUACGAUAUUUGCGCUGAGAACUACAAAGCUGUCUAUACCUUGACCCCGCGACAGAUAUGUUAUGGAUACCAGGAGGGGGGAGCCGACACUUGCAAAGGUGAUUCCGGAGGUCCUCUCUACAAUACUAAUAACAUUCUCAUUGGAAUCACGUCGUGGGGGGAUGCCUGUGGGGAAAAAUAUACUCCUGGUGUAUACAUGGAUGUCAGCCAGGUGAUGGAUUGGAUUCACAACGUCACGGGGAUUUGAUGAUGUUUCAUAUAUUUUUACAAAUUUAUUGGAGUGAUUAAUAAUUGAUUAGCUUUUUAAAAAUUUACCAAACCAUUCAUUAAAAGAGAAAGAGUUUUACUUGAUACAGAA